UCAGGGUGCAGCAGCAGAAACCGAACGUUUCCUCCUCUUCCUCAACGCCUCCUGCAUGCUAAUGGGGCUGCUCGGAACAGAAUGAGACAGCCAGCUUGACUCUAUGAGGCGCUUUGAUUCAAAGCAACACAUCAUCAUCACUGGGAAAUUUCCACAGAUUUCUACAAGGCUAAUACUGGUGACAAGUGGUCCCAACUUCAUCGCCUGGGAUCAGUGCGUUUUAUCCACAAGGGGUGCUCUGCUUGAGACCCGCCGCUACUCUUUUUUUGUUUUGUUUUUUUAGAUUUUAUUUUUAUUUGGACGCGAGAUUUCACUGCACCGAUGUGCAUAUGCGGCCAUGCACCUGCGCCUUUUGGUCGUGUUUUCAUGAUCUAAUUUGAAUCCGUAUUUUAGAUCGGUUAGAGAUGACGCACCAGAGUGUCCCGAUUUCUGUCAAGUUUCCGCUGCUGUUUGGUAUGUUCGUCAUGUCCGCCCGGCUUCAUGCGCGUCUCUCGCUGUAGAACCAGAAGUUGGCCGUGAAUAACAAUAAGAGGAGUGCGCAGCGCGGAGGACGAAGAGCAGAAGUGACAGCAGCGUUCACGGAGUGUUGAGAGGCUGAAUUUACUACCAUCAUCAUCAGCAUCUCUGUGCGGGGAAUAAAAACUGUGAGGGGGCACUCCUGCAGCCCACUCUCUUCACCCAAACACUUUUUUAAAUAUUCUGCAGUGAAUCCAGGCUUCUGGAACCGCAGCUGCGUAAAACUUGCUCAGAUCUGACAACAUUGUCUCCUAUGUGUGCAACCUGGAUGGAUAUCUGGCUCAUGGAGCGAAUUUAAUAAUAUUUAAAAAAGCAUUGGGGGAUUAUUAGCAGUCCUUCUUCUAUUAUACCCUCAAAAUGGAUUCCUACAACAGGCUUUGGGGACGCCACUGGAUAAGCCACAGUUCCGCUGAUCUGCUCGGAAUCUGAGAGGCGCUUGCAGGCGUUUAAAGUUUGGAUAAAUCUAAAGCGGGUGAAGGUGUAGGAUGCAGUCUGGAGCCAAGACGCUCUCCGCAGGUGGAGGGGCGUCCCUCUGCUGCCUACUUCUCCUCUGGCUCAUCUAUUCGCAUCUGCUUAGAGAAGGCCAGUUGGCGGUGGGGACCUGCGAGAUAGUGAUGCUCAACAGAGACAGCAGUGUUCCUAGACGGACAAUCGCCAGGCAGACUGCCCGCUGCGCCUGCCGGAGAGGCCAGAUUGCCGGAACCACCAGGGCGAGGCCCGCUUGUGUAGAUGCGCGAAUCGUGCGGAGCCGUCAAUGGUGUGAGAUGGCUCCCUGCCUGGAGGGGGAGGUCUGCAGCCUCCUAUUCAACAGAUCCGGCUGGACCUGCACCAGGGGCAGUGGUCGCAUCAAGACCGUCACGCCUUUACCCAAGGAGCCAUCGUAGGACGAAGAGGAAAACAGCAAGGUCACCAACAUCUUUUCUCUAAAAAGAAACGGUGGCCAGUCACUACAUCUAUACCCAUUUCACCAACAGGCCUCACAAAAUCUUCACGGGGACUGACCGCCCAGGACAAACGAGCUUCUCCAGUCACUACAGCAACACGUGGGAACUCUGAGAAGCAUCAGCUGAGCCGCUCGAUACACCAUCAGCAAUGAGUUUUCACCGCAGACAAAUUCACAAGGUCAUCGUUGAAAAAAACCCACGAGGAACAGUUAUCAGUGGAGCACUGAAGUACCUGGCCUUUUUUUGUUGUUCGUGUCAUCCACCACCUGAUUUCUAAAGGAAGGAUCCUUGAAAAUCUUUUAAUUUGUAACUUUGUGACUGGGUUCAAACUUGUGAGAGGUUCUUUUAAAAGUCAGCUGCUUUAUCUUCAUUGCAAUCUCCUUCAUGAAGCUGUAAUAACCCAGCCUCUUUUCUUUAAUGACACUUUGCUGCUAAAGAGUUGUGAAUUUACUGAGGCUUAGCCAGAUGAUCUCGCCCAUCAGAUUAUAACCUUUAACAUCUUUCUCUCAUUUGACUCGGUGAAACUUUAUGAGGCUAAGAAGGACACCACAGGACCAUCACUGGGAAGAAGUGUGACAGUCAAAGAGGAAAAAACAGGAAUAAGUUGCUUCCUCAAUGAAAGACGCUACUUUGUGGAUGUUUUGGAUGACUUAGCUUCUAUCUUCUGUUUUUUUUUUUUUCCUUAUGUGGUGCAAACAUAGACUAGAAGAGUAGUUUUUGUCAAUGAACCUCACACACAAAUUGUCCACGCCACUGGGAGCAUUUAGUAGAUGUGGGCCCCCAGCUCAUUUUGUGUGUUUUGGGAGAUGGUGCAUGUUUGCAUCUGCCUGUGUGAGAUUCGUUUGUCUGUGUGUGUGUGCGUGCGUGCGUGCGUGCGUGCGUGCGUGCGUGCGUGCGUGCGUGCAUGCGUGCGUGUGUGUGUGUGUAUGAGUACAUCAGGAAAUACACUGUGAAAUAAGUCCUACCCGAUGCAUUAUUCAUACUCUUGUAUAUUUUUGGGACAAGCCCAGACCACAGCUCACCAUCUGGCGAAGAGAAUUUUACAGAUGUUGGAUCUCGUUAAAAUCCUCAGUUUAACCCGUAUUUACGGAUAUUUAUACUGAAACAACAAAUGAUUGAAGCUGGUCAAAGAUCACAAUACGUCUCAUAAGUUAAAUCCUGUAAUCAAUCUCUGUUCAUGUGAUUAAAUGUAUUUCUGAAUCCUGUCGAAAUUGAAUAUAUUUUGAUAUCAGAUGUUCUGGGCCAGCUCUUUGCAGGAUGUGGUAUUUGCAGAUUUGGAUGGUAGCGUGACUUAUUUUAAAAAUGUAUAUAGAUCCAUAUAUAUCCAACAAAUAUAUUUUAUGUUCUCAUUAAAGGGCAACUGUUUUUUAUUAGGGUGGACACAAAAACAUUAGCACAUUUAACCUGAACAUUGUACUUUUUGUUAAAAUGUUCUCCUGCAUUGUAAAGAAUAUUUUAUUUUACGUUUGUAGUUCUGGCAGGAAGACAAGAACUGUCCGCUUUUUUGUUUUUGUUAAUGUCCAUUGCUUUUGUUUAAUUUCUUUCUACUGUAAAACAAAAAAAUAACCUGUACAUCUCCAUUCACCAUGUGAAUUUGAGGAUAUAAAUAGACUGUCGGUUUUUAAAGGAUCUUUGUGAAUUUGUGUGAACUGUUUUACACCACUUAAAGCCUGUGGGGUGCAACAGUUUUGUAGACAGUAAAAUCACUUGUUCAAAUAGCUGUUUAGGCUUCAGAACUUGGUUUAAGGUAUAAUGUGAACAAAGGCUUGCAAGAAAUUCAAAAUAACAAGUGUGUUUGUGAGAGAGUGGCUUCCAGUGCGUUUGUUAUUUCCAGGUCAGCUAUGGUCUGUAUAGUGAGAAAAUAUUAAUUUCCAACUUAUCACAUGGUUUUGAUUUCAUGCUGCCUUUUUAAUCAUUCCUUUGGUUUUGCACUCAGUGUAAAUAAAUUGUUGCUUUGA